GAUACUAUUAUAUUUUGUGCUAAAUCCUUGGUUACAUUAUGGUGUUAGUAACAAUGCAAUGAAUACGCUUUGAUGUACAUUAAUUCCUUAAACAUAAAAUUAUUAUUACUUUUUUGUAAUGACUGAAAUCCGUUCCAUCGAAAAUGAUAACUAUCAACAUUUAUUAUCACGUUUUAUACCGUUAUAUGUCUUUGAUUUUAAGUAAUAAAUCCAGAUAGAUUCAGAAAAAUUGUCUGUAUUCGACAUUAUAUUUAGGUGUAUAGUUUUCUUUAACCUAACUUAUUUACUGUAGAAAUGUAAUGCAAACAAUGCCAAUUGACCGGAUCCUUGCUGAAAGUUUGAUUAAUUUACUUCGACAUGUCAAAGUUCACUAGGCUUUAAUAUUUCCAACUGUUACUUUUGGCUACUUAUUAGCCAUUUACCUAUUUGCGUGUUUGUAAAACAUGGGGUUGAAUUAAAAAAUGUUUUACAAACACAUUAGAAAUCAGAGUAAUUUAUUGUGAUUUAUUACUGUUAGAUUAUCCAACAACUGACAAGAUUAACUUCAAAAUAGAUAAUUUAAUAUCUACAGUAAUAAUCUUGAGUACAACCGAUCACCUGUAUUAUACCGAACAUCACCUGAAUACAUAACUUCUCGAUAGCUGCAACCAGUAUACUAGCACAAAAGUAACGGGUAAAAUUAUUUUGAUGAAAGAACACGAAAAUCAACUAAAACUACUUAAAAACAACAAAUACCUGAUUAUAACAUGUUUAGAUAACGGCACAGGUUUAGUGCUGUUAGACCACAACAUCUAUGUCAAAAGAAAUGACAAAGUCAUUUUCAGAUAACACCAAAUUCUCUAAACCAAUUAAUGAGAAGAACAAGGCUGAAAUGAUAGAAAAGCAAUUGAUUGAAGUUCUUAAGAGAAUAAUAAACGAUCUGUUAAUCAAUAAAGAUAUUUAUGAGCGCAUAGAACCAGCAGGAUCAAUAAUACCACAACUAUAUAUUUUGCCUGAAACACACAAACCUGGUUUACCUCUCAACCAGUUCUUGAUAUUUUCGGAUUCCCUAAUCAACCUCUUAGAACCUAUAAGAAAAUGCAUUUGUAGACACUCCGUACAUGAUAAUUUUGAAUUCAUUGAAUACAUAAAAGAAGUGAAUGUAAAUGACAAAACUAUCCUCUUUCCUGACGUUGAAUCAUUAUUCAUAAAUUUUCCGCUCAAAGAAACCAGUUUUAUCUGAAAUUAUAUAAAUAAUAACGAGAUUAAUAUCGGAAUACGGAAGCUUAUUAGGAGGAACUCCUACAACGUUGCACUUGCAGUGUAAAGUUUACAUACAACGACGUAAGGCAUAGGCAAAAGGAUGGCAUUACAAUGGGAUCCCCUCUUGUUCCAUCGCGAAAAGAUUUCUUCAUGGUCAGUUUAGAAAACAACAAACUUAAAAUGACUAUUGACAACUUCAACUUGUAUAAGUGGUACGUAGAUGAUAUUUUUAUCAUUCGUGACAACAAAUAUAAUUUGAGUCAUCUUCUAAAGACAUUUAGUAACUAUCACCCAGCAAUAAGUUUCACACUUGAAGUUGGAAACAAACAAAAUGUUCAGUUUCUUGAUUUGGAAAUGACGGAACUUUAAGAGUAUCUAUCUGCAGGAAAUCCAUGAGGAAUGACCAACUAUGAGGUUUCCAAAACUUGGUACCCAUUAGUCGAAAGUGAAACCCAAUAAUACCAUUCACUACUCGAAUAUGAAGAAUUUGUAGUUCCGAGGUCAUAGAUGAAGAACUGGGCCUCUUGAAGGAAAUGCUUAUUAAAAACGAGUAUCCUUCGAUAUUCAUUAACAAGCACAUAAAACCUCAAUCACUAAAAGCACAAAUUACCUUGGUCGAAAAAACACUUCACAUGAGCAUCGAUUUUAAGGGUAAUAGCGCUACAAACGUCCUAAAGAGGAGAAAUUCCGAGUCUUUAAAAAGAACAUUCUUCCCAGCAGCGUUACGAAUAAUGUUCUCCAGCCGAUCACUGUUCAUCAGUUAUCUUAAGGAUAUAUUAUCUCAUCUGACCAACUCUGUGUGCAUCUACCAAUUUACCUGCUCAUAUGGAGUUAGGUAUAUAUGUCGUUUGAUGCGUACUUUACCCAACAGAAUUCAAGAACAUUACCCGGCUUAUUAAGAAACGGCUUAAUAAGAAGCUCAAUAAUCAGACACCUUGUAAACACAGGUCACCCAAUCAAAGAGGAC